UUUUUCCGCCGGCGGCCGUCGAGUCUUGCGGCGGCGACCGAAAUCUUUCUGGCCGUCGGCUAUUAGUCACGCAGGCAUGGACUCCAAAUCCACCUCACUACUUCGUCAUACGUAAAUAAGAAGAGUAGUAGGCGGAAAAUGAAGUAGUAGCUUUUUGUUUUUUACAUUUAUUUAUUAUCUUGGCGGGCGGGCCCCGACUGGAUAUUUUGGACCUACUAGUUACCCGUUGGAGACAUAUGGAAGGCGCACAUCAUUUCGUCACCUAUCACCGGCUCCCACAAAUUCUCUGGCUCUUAUAUAUGCGAUCGAUGACUGUUUUCAACGCGCUCAAUCCUUUUCAUUUUCUAAAGCAAUCGUUCACCAGCGACAAAUCCGUCCUUUAUUAUGGCUUUCGCAGGUGUCGGGGCCAUGGGGCCGUAUGACCGUACCGAGCACUCGGCUGGCGCUGCUCUUAACCGCACGACCUCUCGAAGUCACUAUUACGACGAUCACCCCAACGACAAUCUUCCCUCCCCCACCGACGAGUAUCGUAAUCGCGAACUCGGUCAGCUUGCUCGAUCAUGGUCUCGACGAUCCCAGACUGGCGCUCUAGGUCCUGGAUUUUCACAAGCCCCUCAAGGCGAGUCUAUUGCCGAAGAACUUACUGGCGACGUCUUUACUUACCAGAAAGACUCUGAUCUCGACCCGUUCUCUAGCAACUUCAAUCCGAAGAAGUGGACGAAGUUGAUGUUCCGCGCUCAUGAGACAACAUCCCCCCCGAGGAAGGCGGGACUGUCUUUCAAGAAUUUAGGGGUCUUUGGAUAUGGGUCUGAUGCCGACUACCAAAAGACCGUUGGCAAUCUAGCUCUCGCAGGACUGGGAGCUCUCAGAGACUUGAUCGGCAACCGCAAGCGCAAAGUGCAGAUUUUGAAUGGGAUUGACGGUGUGAUCGAGGCUGGUGAAAUGCUAGUGGUGUUGGGGCCUCCUGGAAGCGGUUGUUCAACUAUGCUCAAGACGAUUGCGGGAGAAAUGAACGGUAUAUACAUCGAUGAGUCUUCGGAACUUAACUAUCGAGGUAUCACUCCCAAGCAGAUGUAUGGUCAAUUUCGAGGAGAGGCUAUCUACACCGCCGAAGUAGAUGUGCACUUCCCCAAUCUUACAGUAGGGCAGACUUUAUCUUUCGCUGCCGAAGCUAGGGCUCCCCGUCAUACACCCAAUGGCAUUCCUAAGAAGGACUACGCUAAACAUCUGCGAGAUGUCGUCAUGUCUGUUUUUGGUAUCACUCACACUCUCAACACGAUCGUUGGUAAUGACUUCGUUCGAGGUGUUAGUGGUGGUGAACGAAAACGAGUGACUAUUGCCGAGGCUGCUCUUGCCGGUGCUCCUCUUCAGUGUUGGGAUAACUCCACCCGAGGCCUUGACUCCGCCAACGCCAUCGAAUUCUGUAAAAAUCUUCGUAUCAACGCUGAUUAUAUGGACAUAUCUUCCGUUGUCGCCAUCUAUCAAGCGCCUCAAAGGGCUUACGACCUCUUCGACAAGGUCUCCGUCCUCUAUGAAGGCGAGCAAAUUUUCUUCGGCAAGUGUACUGAGGCGAAGCAGUUUUUCGUCGACAUGGGAUUCCAUUGCCCUUCCCAACAAACCGUUCCCGACUUCCUAACCUCUCUUACCAGUGCUUCCGAGCGAACUCCCCGAGAAGGUUUCGAAGGCAAGGUACCAACUACACCUCAAGAAUUUGCUGCUGCAUGGAAGAAGAGUAACAAGUAUGCCGAGCUCCAGGAGCAGAUUGCGCAGUUUGAGCAAAAAUAUCCAGUUCAUGGCGAGAACUACGAUAAGUUCUUGGAAUCUCGAAGGGCACAACAGUCGAAACAUCUCCGGGCUAAGUCUCCUUAUACCCUUUCCUACGGUGGCCAAGUAAAGCUCUGUCUUCGACGAGGCUUCCAGCGUCUGAGGGCGGAUCCCAGUUUGACUCUUACCCAGUUGUUCGGUAACUUUAUCAUGGCUCUGAUCGUAGGCUCUGUUUUCUAUAACAUGCCGUCAAAUACCACCAGUUUCUACUCUCGAGGCGCUUUGUUGUUUUUUGCCAUCUUGAUGAGUGCUUUCGGUUCUGCACUUGAAAUUCUUAUCCUAUACGCUCAACGAGGGAUCGUGGAGAAGCAUUCACGAUACGCCUUUUAUCACCCGUCAACCGAAGCUAUCGCAUCUGCCCUUACCGAUAUACCGUAUAAAGUCCUUAACUGUAUCUGCUUCAACUUGGCGUUGUAUUUCAUGGCCAAUCUUCGACGAGAGCCUGGGCCAUUUUUCUUCUUUAUGCUCAUCAGUUUCACCCUUACUAUGGUCAUGUCCAUGUUCUUCCGGUCUAUCGCCAGCCUUAGUCGAUCCUUGACCCAAGCUCUUGCGCCCGCGGCUAUCAUGAUCCUCGCCCUCGUCAUUUACACUGGUUUUGCGAUCAAUGUCCAGAACAUGCGCGGCUGGGCUCGAUGGAUCAACUAUCUUGACCCUAUUGCUUAUGGUUUUGAAAGCUUGAUGAUCAAUGAGUUCCAUGAUCGAGAGUAUGCUUGUUCCGUGUUCGUGCCUACGGGCCCUGGAUAUGAGGGAGCUACAGGUGAAGAGCGCGUCUGUUCUACCGUUGGUUCCGUUGCCGGAUCUUCUGUGGUGAACGGUGACGCAUAUAUCAAUGGGUCGUACGAGUAUUACCACGCUCAUAAAUGGAGGAAUUUCGGUAUCCUUAUAGGUUUCUUCCUUUUCCUGACCGCUGUCUACCUACUUGCCACUGAGCUGAUUACCGCCAAGAAAUCAAAAGGUGAAAUCCUCGUGUUCCCGCGUGGCAAAAUCCCUCGCACUCUUCUAGCCCAAUCGACUGCCUCGCAUAACUCUGACGACCCUGAACCUGGAAAGUACGCUGGAGGAGGCAACGUACAAACGAAAGUUACAGGAGCAGACCGAGCAGAUGCUGGUAUCAUCCAGCGACAAACAGCCAUCUUCUCUUGGAAAGAUGUCGUUUACGAUAUCAAAAUCAAAAAAGAGCAAAGAAGGAUUCUGGAUCAUGUUGAUGGAUGGGUAAAGCCUGGAACUCUCACAGCCCUCAUGGGUGUAUCUGGUGCCGGUAAAACCACGCUGCUUGACGUCUUGGCCACCCGUGUUACAAUGGGUGUAGUUACUGGUGAGAUGCUCGUUGACGGUCAGCAACGAGACAUCUCUUUCCAACGAAAGACUGGUUAUGUUCAACAGCAAGACCUCCACCUCGAGACCAGCACCGUUCGAGAAGCCCUUCGUUUCAGUGUUCUCCUUCGGCAGCCUAAUCACAUUAGCAAGGAGGAGAAGUUUGAGUAUGUGGAAGAGGUCUUGAAACUUUUGGAGAUGGAUGCGUACGCCGAUGCUGUCGUUGGUGUACCUGGUACUGGUCUUAAUGUCGAACAACGGAAACGUCUCACCAUCGGCGUCGAGCUCGUCGCUAAGCCUGCCCUCCUUCUUUUCCUUGACGAACCCACCUCUGGUCUUGAUUCUCAAACUUCUUGGAAUAUUCUUCUCCUCCUCCGCAAACUCACUGAGCACGGUCAAGCUAUCCUCUGUACAAUCCACCAGCCUUCCGCCAUGUUGUUUGAGCAAUUCGACCGUCUUCUUUUCCUUGCCAAGGGCGGCAAAACCGUCUAUUUUGGCGAAGUAGGCAAAGAGUCAAGGACGUUAAUCAAUUACUUUGAAAGAAAUGGCGCUGAGAAAUGUCCUCCUGGAGAGAACCCGGCGGAAUGGAUGUUGUCAGCUAUCGGUGCUUCGCCCGGCUCCCAGUGCACUACCGACUGGCAUCAAACGUGGCUCAACAGUCCUGAGCGAGAAGAGGUCCGACGUGAGCUUGCUCGUAUUAAAGAGACCAACGGAGGGAAGGGAGAUGCUGCGAAGCAGGAUAAGACCCAGGAGAAGAGUAAGGCUGAGAUCAAGGCAGAAUACGCAGAGUUUGCCGCGCCGUUGUGGAAGCAAUUUAUCAUUGUUGUUUGGCGAGUUUGGCAACAGCACUGGAGGACGCCGAGUUAUAUCUGGGCUAAGGCUGCACUCUGCAUUGGUUCCGGGCUUUUCAUUGGCUUUAGUUUCUUCAAGAGUGGAACCUCGCAACAGGGCCUACAGAACCAGCUUUUCUCCGUCUUCAUGCUCUUUACUAUUUUCGGUCAACUUGUCCAGCAGAUGUUACCCAACUUCGUGACACAAAGGAGCCUGUACGAAGUGAGAGAGCGACCGUCAAAGACAUAUUCUUGGAAAGUCUUCAUCAUGAGCAAUGUCAUCGCUGAAAUUCCUUGGUCCAUCUUGAUGGGUGUUGUCAUUUACUUCACCUGGUACUAUCCUAUUGGCUACUAUCGAAACGCGAUUCCAACAGACGCUGUACAUCUCCGUGGUGCUCUCAUGUUCCUCUACAUUGAGAUGUUCAUGCUCUUCACAUCGACUUUCGCAAUUAUGAUUGUGGCAGGUAUAGAUACGGCGGAGACAGCUGGUAACAUUGCGAACCUUCUCUUCUUAAUGUGCCUUAUCUUCUGCGGUGUUCUCGCAACUAAAGAGACUUUCCCCCACUUCUGGAUCUUCAUGUACCGAGUAUCGCCGUUCACGUAUCUGGUCGAGGGUAUGUUGGGUGUGGCCAUCGCCAAUACCAACAUCGUCUGUGCCGACAAUGAGUUGUUAACGUUUAAUCCGCCUUCCGGACGGACUUGCGGACAAUACAUGUCAAAUUACAUCGCAGCUGCUGGAGGAUAUUUGACCAACGAGGAUGCCACGACUGGGUGCAGUUUCUGUUCCAUGAGUGAGACGAAUGCCUUCUUGGCUCAGUUUGAUAUCUAUUAUAGCCAUAAGUGGAGAGACUUCGGUCUUCUUUGGAUCUUCGUGAUCUUCAAUGCGGUGGCCGCUGUUGCUAUCUAUUACGUUGCUCGGGUGCCUAAGAACACUGGAAAAGAGCAAGCGUCCGAGCCUGAACAAUUGGAGAAGAGUGCAGGGCUUGAGACCACAGAGAAGCGGAGCAGGAGAUCGGAGUCAACGUAAAGAAGAGGGGUUUGGAAAGUCAGAGACAAUAUGAAAAGAAAGUUUUGGAUUAACUAUGUUGUUUCUGUUGUAAGGUGUCUAUGGAUGCAUGAAGAAAAGAAAGAGACUAUCGUA